AUGGUCAAAGUAAAGACAGCUUCCUGGGACAGUAACUUUGUUCUGGGGAAUGCCCAGGUGCAGUCACUCUAUCCCAUCGUCUACUGCUCCGAUGGCUUCUGUGAGCUCACUGGUUACGCCCGCGCCGAACUCAUGCAGAAGAGCUGCGCGUGCCAUUUCCUGUACGGCCCCGAGACGAGCGACCGGUCUACGGCCCAGAUUCAAGGAGCUCUGGACGACAGGAGGGAGUUCAAGACUGAGCUGGUGUUCUACAAGAAGGAAGAUGAGGAGACGGGGCUACAGGUGCAUCAGGUAACUCGCCCCCCAGGCUUCAACGCCAACCGGCGCCGCAGCAGAGCCGUGCUCUAUCAGCUGUCAGGACAUCUGCAGAAACAGGACAAGAGCAAGCUCAAGAUCAACAAUAACUCCAGGGUCCACCUGUUGAAGACUGUCCGACUGCUUCGGUUGCUGCGGCUCCUGCAGAAGUUGGAGCGCUACUCGCAGUACAGCGCCGUGGUUCUGACUCUGCUCAUGUCCAUGUUUGCGCUGCUGGCCCACUGGAUGGCCUGUGUCUGGUACUACAUUGGUCACAAUGAGAUCGAAAGCCGGGGCUCCUGGGAUAUCGGUUGGCUCUAUGAGCUGGCGAAGCGCUUGGGCACCCCUUACUUCCUGUCCUCUCUGUCGACGCCUGUCCCGGCCACAGUGAGCAGCCUUCCAGCCAACAGCUCUCAGUGGAACGUCACAGGGUCAGAGGUCACAGGACGAGGAGCCCUGAACUCCAGCCAGAAUUACGGGAACAUCUCAGAAACGGGGGAGCUGAAGGUGCUUGGCGGCCCGUCGACCCGUAGCAGCUAUGUGACCGCCCUCUACUUUGCUCUGAGCAGCCUGACCAGCGUGGGCUUCGGGAACGUUUCUGCCAACACGGAUUCAGAGAAGAUCUUCUCCAUUUGCACCAUGCUUAUAGGAGCGCUGAUGCAUGCCGUGGUGUUUGGUAACGUGACCGCCAUCAUCCAGAGGAUGUAUUCCCGCCGCUCGCUGUACCACACCCGCACCAAGGACCUGAAGGACUUCAUCAGGGUCCACCGGCUGCCCAAAGCCUUGGAGCAGCGAAUGCUGGAGUGUUUUCAGACCACCUGGUCUGUGAACAAUGGGAUCGACGUCAGUGAGCUGCUGAAGGACUUCCCUGAUGAGCUGCGGGCGGACAUUGCCAUGCACCUGAACAAGGAGCUGCUGCAGCUUCCCCUCUUCGAGUCGGCCAGCAGGGGAUGCCUGCGCUCUCUCUCCCUCAUCAUCAAGACCUCCUUCUGCGCUCCUGGAGAGUUCCUCAUCCGGCAGGGGGACGCCCUGCAGGCCAUCUACUUCGUCUGCUCAGGCUCCAUGGAGGUGCUGAAAGACAACACUGUGCUGGCCAUCCUGG